UAGUAAUGUCUCUGACUAUUGAUCUAAUGGGUGGCACAUAUAAGCCCCUUUCCCUACUAAAACCCAUUAUAUACCUGUUUAAUGAUAUACGGUUGGGCUUGGGUAGGAAAGAUAUAUCACUCUACGAGGUAAUCACUAUUCCAAGCUAUCGAAAUGAAGAAAUCAAAGGAGCCUCUCGCGGUUGCUGUGAUAAAUCCAGUGGAUGUUACGUCCGGUUCGCCCCCUGUGAUUAUCACUAACGGCGGGAAUGCUUCCAACACAGAUGCCACCAACCCAACAGGCCAUGUUAGUCGAAGCCUCCCCACCCUGGAUGAGUGUUUGGCUGAAAUUAACGUUCUCCCAAAUACGACAAUCUUCUAUUCAGGGCCCGGAUAUCAUUUAAAGGUAGCGGAGGCCAUUGAGAGUCGUAGCUAUCUGAAAGGGUAUCGAUUACUGGUAAAAUCGUGGCGGGACCCGAGUUGGCCCGACGCCUGGCAGUUCCACCCAGAAGAGAAAGAGCAGACGAAGUUUUGGGAUGUGUGCUCACAGGCGCUGGCACUGACCACAAAAGGUACCGCUUAUGUGAUGCUUCCAAGGGGAAACGAUACAGAGUGGACGAAGGGCACAACAUGGGAUAGGGUAGAGUGGCCGAAUCUUGCCCCUGGCGUUAAGGUCAUUCGUAUUGACCCUGAUAACCCGGAGUACCAGGAGAUCAUCAAGGAAGGAGACAGCCUCGCAGAGUGAGACAGAGCAAUGCUAUAGGUACUAUAGAGAUGGACUUACAGAAAACAAGGACUUCUCGCCAAACUUAUGCUUUUUCUUUUGUGAGGAUUCUAAUAUCGUAAUUUGCCUUGACACCUAGGGUACGUAACCUAGGUAGGUAAUA